CCCCCAACGGCGCGCCCGCGGAGGCCGGCGUCCUGCUCGGGCCGGUGGCCGCCUCCCGCCGCGUCCCCGCGUCCGGCCGCGUCCCCGCCUCGCCGCCCGCCCCCGCCGUCGCGCCGCGCCGGCCGCAUGUCUGGCCCCGGGCCGCGGGAGCCGCCGCCUGAGGCGGGCGCGGCGGGCGGCGAGGCGGGGCCCGAGGGCGGCGGGGACGCGGCGGGCGAGCCGGCGCUCAGCCUGAGCACGGCUGACCUGAGCCUGGUGGAGAUGACGGAGGUGGAGUACACGCAGCUGCAGCACAUCCUCUACUCGCACAUGGAGGCGGCCGACGGCGAGCUCGAGGCGCGCCUCAACUCGGCGCUGCUGGCGGGCCCAGGCGCGGGCGCGGGCGGCUUCGCCGCGGGCGGGCUGGGGACGGCGCCGCCCGUGUACCCCGUGCUGUGCCCGCCCGCGCUGGCGGCCGACGCGCCCUGCCUGGGCCACAUCGACUUCCAGGAGCUACGCAUGAUGCUGCUGAGCGAGGCGGGCGCGCCGGCGCCGGGCGCGGCCGAGAAGACGCCGGGCGGCGCGGACGGGGCGCGGACCCGGGCUGACGGCGCCGCCAAGGAGGGCGCGGCCGCGGCGGGGCCGGAGGGCGCGCCUGAGGCCCGGGCCAAGUCGGCCGUGCGCGUCCGCCUGGAGGACCGCUUCAACAGCGUCGCGGCCGAGCCGCCGGUCUCCGCGCGCGGCCCGGAGCCCCCUGAGCCGGGCGUGGCACUCAACAAUUUGGUAACCCUUAUUCGACAUCCAUCUGAGUUGAUGAAUGUUCCUCUUCAUCAGCAACAAAACAAAUGUACAACAUUAGUGAAAAAUAAAACUGCUGCUGCAACUACUGCUUUGCAGUUCACGUACCCACUGUUUACGACAAACGCUUGCUCUACUGGUGCAAAUUCUAAUCUUUCACAAACGCAGAGUUCUAGUAACUCAUGUUCUAUACUUGAAGCUGCCAAACACCAGGAUAUUGGAUUGCCCAGAGCAUUUUCUUUCUGUUAUCAGCAAGAAAUUGAGUCCACUAAACAGACCUUAGGUAGUAGGAACAAAGCUUUGCCGGAGCAGGUUUGGAUUAAAGUGGGAGAAGAAGCGCUAUGUAAACAAGCAAUAAAUAAGAGGAAUCGGAGUAGAAUACGUCAGUUGGACACAAACUUAGAACGAAGAGCCCUGGGAGAGAUUCAGAAUGUGGGCGAAGGCUCCACAGCCGCACAGGGUGCUUGGCAGUCCUCGGAGUCUUCACAGUCGAACCUGGGGGAGCAGGCCCAGAGCGGGCCCCAGGGAGGACGGUCUCAGCGUAGGGAGAGGCAUAACCGAAUGGAGAGAGAUAGAAGGCGCAGAAUCCGCAUUUGUUGUGAUGAGUUGAAUCUUUUAGUCCCAUUCUGCAAUGCCGAGACUGAUAAGGCAACCACUCUGCAGUGGACCACAGCAUUCCUGAAGUAUAUUCAGGAAAGACAUGGAGAUUCUCUUAAAAAGGAAUUUGAGAGUGUAUUCUGCGGUAAAACUGGCAGAAGGAUAAAGUUGACCAGACCAGACUCCUUGGUGACCUGCCCUGCACAGGGGAGUCUACAGAGUAGCCCCUCCAUGGAGAUCAAGUGAUCGGACUGAACUGCAAUCCAAACCUGUUCUCUGCAAUCCCGGAACUCUGCUCUGAUAGUCUGACUCGAGAGGGACACGCCUCAAGUUGAUGGGACUCCAGUAAGGACUUUGAGAGCACAUUUUGUAAAAAUAUUUAUCUAGAACAAAAUACUUAUCCACUAAUGUCCUCUUAGACCAUUUGGGGAUAAAGACAUCUUGAUAAUUAGUAAGUAAUUUUUCAAUUAUCUGUCUGAUUCCAUCAUGUUUUCUUAACAUGAUAACAUAAAAAAUUAACAUCCUUUGUAAUUUCUUUAGUCUUUAGUACAUUGCUUUUUACUUAUUUACAUUUUAAAUAUGCCCCUUUAGCAAUUGGAACAAGUUAAAUUGUUCUUCACUAGAAAGAGUUUGGAAAUUUUAUUUUAUUUGUUAUAUCACUCCCCUUGUAAUGAUUUCCAGUCGCAUGGUGCUGUGUUUCCAAAUGCAGUACGAUUUUAAACCUUUUUGGUAAACAUUUUCCAGAGACUUCUUUUAAAGCUACUUUGACCAUAAAUGAAAUGCUGUCUCAGUGGAUUUCAUAAAUGCCCACAUUUCCGAAAUAUUGAGCCAUUACUUCGUGUGUAAUAAACUGUGGUGUUUGGAA